UCAUCAGUCUGGCUCCAACCUCUCACAUACACAUCAUGAGGACUCUGGUUGUUUUGGCAGUGAUAGGCGUGUGUUCGGGCGGCUAUCAGGCCUACAACCCUGGCUAUGGCUACGGCGUUCAGCCCAAGUAUGUGGGACCCGUGGCUUCCGUCAUCCCCGCUGGUGUGGACGGUAAGAUCAUCCCCGUCUCAGACACCUACGAAGUCGCUGCUGCUAAAGAUGCCUUCUUCAAGGCCUACAACGACCAGCUGGAUGUUAUCAAGUCUCGUCGUUAUGGCACCCCCGGCUACGCCUCAGCUCUCCCUGUCUAUAAAGCUUCUGUUGCCCCCGCCUUCGCCUCGCCUCCGGCGGCCUACGGUGCCCCCGCAGUGACUUACGGUGCACCAGCCGGGUCCUACAAAAAUUUCGCCUACCACGGUCCUCCCACUCAGGUCCCCGACACUCCCGAGGUGUCGGCCGCAAAGCAUGAGUUCUUCAAGCUCUACAACAAGCAAGCGGCAGCCGCAGCCGCAGCCCCAGACCUCUACACUUACCACUACUUAAUGGUAGAUCUACUAGCAGAGGAAGAGUUUGGAGCGUUCAGCCAUGAUAACAAAUCUUAUCCUGUGCGAACAGAGGAGAGUGUGGUAAACCGUCGAAACAGAGGAGGGCCGCAGGUGGAAAGCCAAGAGAGAGAGAGAGAGAGAGAGAGAGAGAGAGCAGUGAGAGACGGGUAUAUAUACAGCAAGGCAGUAACCUCAGUCAGCAGUCUGGCUCCAACCUCACGUAAACACAUCAUGAGGACUCUGGUUGUUUUGGCAGUGAUAGGCGUGUGUUCGGGCGGCUAUCAGGCCUACAACCCUGGCUAUGGCUACGACGUUCAGCCCAAGUAUGUGGGACCCGUGGCUUCCGUCAUCCCCGCUGGUGUGGACGGUAAGAUCAUCCCCGUCUCAGACACCUACGAAGUCGCUGCUGCUAAAGAUGCCUUCUUCAAGGCCUACAACGACCAGCUGGAUGUUAUCAAGUCUCGUCGUUAUGGCACCCCCGGCUACGCCUCAGCUCUCCCUGUCUAUAAAGCUUCUGUUGCCCCCGCCUUCAUCUCCGGCGGCGCCUACGGUGCCCCCGCAGUGACUUACGGUGCACCAGCCGGGUCCUACAAAAAUUUCGCCUACCACGGUCCUCCCACUCAGGUCCCCGACACUCCCGAGGUGUCGGCCGCCAAGCAUGAGUUCUUCAAGCUCUACGACAAGCAAGCAGCAGCCGCAGCCGCAGCCCCAGACCUCUACACCUACCACUGAGACCCACAAACCCACCUACCACUGACCCCCACCAUCAUCACAACUACAUCUACAUGGAAACACUUCAUUACUCAUAUUGCCACUGCAUUAGAGCUUUGAAAUGUGUAAAGAACCAGAAAAGCAUUUAAAAAUAAAACAGAACCCAC